UGACGUUGAAAAGAAAACUGAAGACGUUUUAAUUGAAAAUGCGUCCUGGAUUUUGGGCUUUUUUGCGCUAAUAAUAAAUACUUUAUAAAUUAUCUAUUUUUCCGAGAUAACGAUCGGAAAUAAUAUUGUUCAGAGCGGUGAGUUCUCAAAUCAAAUAUUAUGAAUCAAUUUGACGUUUAUUUGAAAUGACUGUCUACUUCAAAACUGUUUGUAAAUAUCAAAAUCGUUUUCGAAACCGAAUAUGGUUUCGCUCAAAAAAACAAAUAGAAAAUUAAGCGAAGACGAGGAGGUAUGCGCUACGUCGUUGCUGGAUAUUUUUCCGAAACAAAGAAAGUCCAGAAUUUCGGAAGGAUCCGCAUCGAAUAGAAUGGAUAUCGAUUUUAUUAGAAUGACGAAAAAACACGACAGACGACGCGAUAUAAAGUUGGAAGUGGAAAAAAUGAGAAAAUCCCUACCAAGAUAUGACAUAAUGGAAAUCCGUCAAUUCAGAUUACCGUUCCACGAAGCUCUAAUAACCAAUUUACACGAAUGCGGUUACCCGGACAGCGCUGCUCUGAUUGGAGCCCUGAUCGCCUACCAAGACGAGCUUAGGAAAGAAUCGGCUCCCGGUAGCAGCGUCUUCAUCUUACCACAACUGAAAUUCGCCAAAAACGAAUUGGAAACAUUAGCGAAAAAUCUCCAAGAAUCAGAAUCGUUAAAAAGAAAGGAUUACCUUUCGGAGGAAUGCCAUAUCAUUCUAAAAUUAGGGGUAGAUUUCGCUUUCGGGAAUUCCGAUUGGUGGUGGGUGGGCGAGCAAAUCCUCUUACAUACCAUCAUGUUGUCAUCUUCAUAUUUCACGAAAAUCGGUAGCAAAUUCGAGGCUCUAAGUAGAUACGUCUACGCUCAAUAUCUACUGGAUAAUUUGAAAGAGUACGACAGUGCUUUGAAGCAACUGAAAGUGGUGCAUUGCUUGGCUAGGAAUAAAAUGUGGACUUGCAAGCACUAUUUUCCGCAAAUGGCGGGGACGUUGUACAUGCACACCAACCAAGCUAUGUUUGAAUGUUUAAUAACGGAAGUGAAACGAAUGUUGGAAGCGGAUGCCGGGAAAGCGAUUAUCUUAGCGGAUCAAGCGAGAAAACGCGCAGCCGAAGCUUGCUACAGAGACGGCGAAGCUCAAGCUCUAGUAUUGAAGGGAAUAUGCGAGAUGCAGGGAAAUCUUCCGAAAUCCGCCGUGAAUUCGUUCAACCGAGCGAUUUGUAUCCAAGCGAGGUUCGGAACUAUUGAAGAAGUUUGUAAAAUCAAAAUUCAUUUAGCCAAAGCUUAUUUAAUGGACGGUUGUAUAAACGCGUCGUUGAAUGUAUUGAUGGAAUUGAAAAACGAUGCGGAGGAAAACGAUUUGCCCUUUUAUUUGGGACAAGCUUAUAAAAAUUUAGCGGAAUAUUAUCUAUCGAUAGGAGAAUCGCAGAAAGCGUCGCCGCUAUUGGAAAAAUGCAUAGACAUUUUCAAAAAUUGCGAAACUACGUUACCGGAAAUUAAGGUGGCUGAAAAUUUGAGAGCCAUUUCUUCGGGCCUCCAGUUGCUACCAAAGUACAUAGACGUAUUGAAGAAAGCCGGAGACGACGACGAAGAAGGUAAACAGAGACUUUUGGCGCUGCUCGCGUGGAAAAACGAGAGACAAGAUUUUUGGCAAGAAGGCGAUUUAGUAGUUGAUUAUACCCCUUGCGAAAGUAUCAUAUCGGAAAGUUACAGAAAAGUGAGAGAAAGUAGACCGAACGUUUUGGAUGCCAAAUUCCAUAGAUUAUCGAGUAAAUCCGUGACGAGGAGAGUCAACAUUUCGACAGAGAAGGCGCUAGUCGAAGAAACAGGUUCUACAGGUAGUAAAUGUGAAGCAAAAAUUUUGAAUGAACAUUGAGCAUUGUGGUCCAGAUACAUUUCCUCUAAAUAAAUAAAUUUUC